UAUUAUUUAUCCCUUUUUUCUCGCCGACUACUCGGUCGUCACUUUGACUUUAUUUGGGGCUUAGAGAAAUCUAGCAUUUCUCUUGUUACUCUCAGUUCCCAUCUCACUUGGAAGGCCAUGGUGUUGAAUUUCUCCAGUCGUCUUCUUGUUUGAGUCAGGGUUUUGUUCUUUUUUUUUCCUUCGAUAGUUGUAGAUUUGGAAGUUGAUGGUCGGAAAGAUGUUGGGUCGGUCAUCUCUUUACAGAACUGGAAGCUUUAGACCAGAGAAUCUGGGUCAGAAUGCCCUUGCUCUUAUUGGGAAUCUUUGUUUCACUUUGUUUGUGGUUGGGGUUUUGAUUUUUACGAUUAUUGCUGCGACAUAUGAACCUGAGGACCCUCUUUUUCAUCCAUCGACUAAGAUCACUACCUUUCUCACAUCAAACUCCAACGCUACUUUUAAAACUGAUAGCACUGUGAUGAAGACUGGGGAGGAUUUCAUGGCUGCCAAUCAAACUGCAUUUGCAACUUUUCUCAAUGAAACUGAUAUUGUCAAAAUCAUUGAUGCUGAAAACUCUGCUUUGGGUACUGCUUCUGAAGGAACUGCACCUGAGUGCAAUAGCAAUGUCGAUGACCCCAUCGAUUGCCGUGACCCUGAGGUUUUCCAUUUGAUGAUGGAGACGACGAUAGAACGGUUCAAGGACAUUCAUUUUUACCGGUUUGGAAAACCAGUUCGCGGGUCUAACGACAGCACCUGUGAUAUGGCGUGGCGGUUUCGGCCCAAGGAAGGGAAGAUUGCUGCUUUUUAUAAAGAUUAUAGGAGGUUUGUGAUUACUAGAUCUGCGAAUUGCACUCUAAGUAUCAUUAGCAUAGGUGACUACCACACUGGCGUGAAUGCAAGGAAGAGGAAAAAGAAUCCGAAACAUAAUUUUGAGAAGAAAAUGGAGCAGCUAGAGCAGGCAGUCUCUUCUUUGCCUGUAGUUGGGGAGGUUGUAAAUGAUUCCCUCCCUGUGGUUGAGUCUGAAGGCUCAUUUAGUCAUGGGAAGUACUUGCUUUAUGAGAUGGCUGGAGAUAAAUGCAAAAGCAUGAACCAUUAUUUGUGGAGCUUCUUGUGUGCUUUAGGCGAAGCUCAGUAUUUGAAUCGAACAUUAGUUAUGGAUUUGAAAAUUUGUCUGUCAUCAAUAUAUACUUCAUCGAAUCAAGAUGAGGAAGGAAAAGAUUUCAGGUUUUAUUUCGAUUUUGAGCAUCUGAAAGAGUCCGCAUCCAUCUUGGACCAGGGUCAGUUUUGGUCUGAUUGGGAGAAAUGGCAAAAGAAAGACCAUUUAGGUCUUCAUCUUGUUGAGGAUUUUCGGGUCACACCUAUGAAACUUGCAGAUGUAAAGGAUGCCUUGAUAUUGAGAAAGUUCGGAUCUGCAGAGCCAGAUAAUUAUUGGUAUCGGGUCUGUGAAGGAGAAACGGAAUCUGUAGUUAAGCGACCAUGGCAUUUGAUUUGGAAAUCGAGACGCCUGAUGGAUAUAGUAUCUUCAAUUGCAUCAAGAUUGAAUUGGGAUUAUGACUCGGUCCACAUUGUGAGAGGCGAGAAAGCAAAGAACAAGGAGCUCUGGCCAAAUCUUGCUGCUGAUACUUCACCUGAUACUCUUCUAUCAACGUUGCAAGACAAGAUUGAGACUGGAAGGAACCUUUACAUUGCUACAAAUGAACCAAACACGGAUUACUUUGACCCCUUGAAAGACAAAUACUCUACCCAUUUUCUCAAUGAAUACAAGGAUCUUUGGGACAAAGACAGUGAAUGGUACACGGAAACAAUGAAGCUUAACAAUGGUGUACCGGUUGAAUUUGAUGGAUAUAUGAGAGUAUCAGUAGACACAGAGGUGUUCUUAAGAGGGAAAAAGCAGCUAGAAACAUUCAACGAUCUAACAAACGAUUGCAAGGACGGAAUCAAUACCUGCAGUGUUGCAACCAAUUAGCAUAAAACCUGAAACCCAUUAUUUUUCUGGAAAUGUGCCGAAGCCAAGGUCUUGUUUCUGUUGCUUUGAGAAUCAAUUGGUAGAUUAAGAAAUGACUUAGCUUAAUAAUGAGUUUUGUACUUGCAUUAGUAACUAUCCUUCAGUUGGAUCUUUCAUUUUUAAGUUGUUGAGGUUGUGUUUGCUGAGUACAAUGUAUUAUAUCAUUAUAUGUUCCAAAUUUUCUAAUGAUAUUUUUAAGAUUGCUUUGAAAA